AUGGAAAAAGUAUGGAGUACAAAGAAAUCAGAAAUUGAAGCUUUAAGACGAGAAAUGUGGAGCAAUAAUAGUGACAGGUUAUUAGCAAAUGUAAAAAACAAAUGGUUAGAAAAGGUGAAUAAAACCAUUACAUAUGCAAAAGAGGAAACGCGCAAACAUAAACAGAAGAUGAAAGAAAGAUUGGAAACUUUAAAUAAUGCAAAGUGCAAUAUACAAACUAAAUUAGAAGACGAGAAAACGCUGGAUUUCAAGGAUUUCAUUCCCCUUUGGAAGUCAAAGAAAGAAUGCCGAAUUCUCAGUGUUGAUGAUCAUGUGAAAAAUGUUUUUUCUACAGCAAUAUCCACAUUGAAAGACGAACUCGACGAGGUCUUUCGGGCAACUUUCUCAAAAUGUUAUGGUAACUGUGCCCCGGAAAGUGUGAGAGAUAUUGAUAUCGAUGUUGAGAGCCUUUGGGACAUAACGUGUGAUCGUCAGAAAAGAAUAUUUUGUUCUGCGAAGAAUGCCUCAACAUUAUAUAUAAUGCAUGAAAAUCAGAAACCCAAAACAAAUAUCAGAACAAAUGAAACUCCGGAGUAUAUCGCUAUUUCCCGUAAGUCAGAUUUCAUAUACUUCACAUCGGCAAAUCAGAUUUUGACCAUGCCAUUAGAUGAAACAGGUCUAGAUACUAGUGAGCCGACUGAAUUUUAUCGGGCUGAGGAUAUGUGGGAGCUUUGUGGUUUAACAGUUACAUCAAGCAGCAAUGUUCUCCUUUGUUUAUCAACGGAGAAAGAAGGGAAAGUGUUAGAAAUAGCGAAGGAUGGAAACGUUAUUGAUGAAUAUCAACACGAACAUGCAACAAAAGCUAAUCCUUUCUUUACCAAGCCCCUUUACGUUGCAGAAAAUAAUGCUAAUUUCAAUAUUUGCGUGUCUGAUUUUGAAAAAGUACUUUCGAUCACAAAGGAGAAGACCGUUCAUUUCAUUUACAAAGGGACUGCAGAUGCUCAAUUAAAUUCGCUUGAGCCACGAGGAAUUGAUUUUGACAGUAAUGGUUAUUUGUAUAUAUCAGAUUUUGCUAAUAAAUGUGUUCAUCGUUUAGACAAAGACGGUAAAUUCCUGAACAUGAUCGCAAAAGGAAAAUUGUUUAAGCCAACUGGAUUAUGUCUAGAUCAUGAAGACCGGAUAUUAGUAACCGAGUUUGAAAAUCGACGAAUCAAAAUAAUUGAGAUGAAAUGA